AUCUAUAUAUAUUUACUCCUUUCAAACUUUGCUCCUACCACAAAUGGCACAAUCCGAUCCAACUUCCGUCACCAAAACCCGCCCGAACCCGACUCCAUCGAAGGCGAGUCACCCUCCAAUGUACCGCGGGGUUCGAAAGCGUAGUUGGGGCAAAUGGGUGUCCGAGAUUCGCCAACCACGCAAAAAGUCCCGCAUAUGGCUCGGCACAUUCUCCACGCCAGAAAUGGCCGCUAGAGCGCACGACGUAGCCGCCUUAUCCAUCAAAGGAAACGCCGCGAUACUAAACUUUCCUCAACUCAAACACUUGUUGCCACGCCCGGCUUCUGCCUCGCCACAUGACGUCCAAGCCGCAGCCGCCAAAGCCGCCACAAUGCAUGAGCUUAGUUUGGAAUGUUCUUUCUCAGCCGAGCCAACGCCGAAGCCGUCGGCUCAUGGGUUUGUGUUUCAAGCCGAAGCCGAUGAAGAUGGGUCAAUAUUAGUAAGCCCGGGUGAUGAACUCGGUGAGAUCAUUGAGUUGCCGAGUUUGGAGGGUGUGGACUCGUGUGACUCGUUGACUAAAUCGGUAGUUGACUCGGUGGAUGGUUGGAUGCCGGUUUCGUGGGAUGUGUCUGACGUGGAUGGUUUAUACGACCAGGUGACAAAAGAUUCAAGUUUUGAGACACUUAUUUGGGAUUGUUAAUGAUCAUAACGUGUAGUUGACAAUUGACAUCGUUAAAUCUAUGAUAACAAAUAUUAAAUAUAAAUAUUUUUAAUUUUUAAAGGAAAGAGAAUGCAAUAUAUGUAUAAGUUUUUAUAUGUUUCUAGAAGAAACAUGAAUUUUUCUUUUUAAA